CAUCUUCACUUGGUGUGCAAUCCAUUUUCUUAAACCCCACCACACCCUCCAAUCAUCAUAUAUACCACCAAACCGAUACUUACAUCUCUCUCUCCCUCCCUCUCUCUCUCUAACUUUGUUAGAGUUGGUGUUGAUAGAUUGUUAAAAGUGUGUAGAAUUUUUGUCUAAGUGAAAAUGGGCAGAAAGUGCUCACAUUGUGGAAACACAGGCCAUAAUUCAAGGACUUGCACCAUUUACAGAGGAACUAAUAAUAGUUUUGAUGCAGCUGGGGGGGUUAGGCUGUUUGGGGUACAACUUGACAUGUCUAACUCUUCUUCUUCUUCUUGUUGUUCUUCUGUUGUUAUGAAGAAGAGUCUUAGCAUGGAUAGCUUGUAUUCAUCUCCAUCAUCAUGUUCUUCACUGUGCUCUUCAAGAGAUGAAAAUUCAGAGAAAAUAAACAUUGGUUAUCUCUCCGAUGGCCUCAUCGGUCGAGCCCAAGAAAGAAAGAAAGGGGUUCCAUGGACAGAGGAGGAGCACCGGAGUUUUCUCGCCGGGCUAGAGAAGCUAGGGAAGGGUGAUUGGAGAGGCAUAGCUAGAAAUUUUGUGACGACAAGAACUCCAACACAAGUUGCAAGUCAUGCUCAAAAGUACUUUCUUAGGCAAGCAAAUCUCAACAAGAAGAAGAGGCGUUCAAGCCUCUUUGACACGGUUGGGAGCAUCAACAGAAUAGGAAAUCAUGUCAACACAAGUAAUUCCAUGUCAAGUGACACCACUCUGACUCUGCUGGGCCUUGGUUCUGUUCAACAAAAUAUCAAUUUAGAUGAUCAAGAAACUGGGUUGUCUCAGUUGGGUUGUUCCAAUAAUCCUGGAGAAAUCUGGUCUGAUGGGUCUGAUAAAGAAGACAGAAAGAUUAAUCCACCAAAUGCUGCAAAACCCAGUUUGGAUCUCACACUUGGUGCUCCUACUAGGCAUUUAGAAGCAAACCAGUCGUCUUCUUCUCAUCCUGAUCUUAUCAGACCUAUUAGUGUAACCUGAUAAAGAAAUUCUGCAUAGCAAUAAUCAUUUGAAGAUAUUAUUAAUGGUAUUCUACCAUUACAGCCAGUGUGUAUUCUUAGUCCUAAUGGAGAAAAAUCAUAUCUGUUCUUUCUCAAUUUCUUUUCA